AUGGGCAUACUCCAGGNCGUUGGUCUCGUCGGUAUCUCAAUGAGGCAGCGUUUUGCGGCGACAGUGUCGACUCUAGCCUUCGCUUUCUUGAGAUCGAAAUCGCCCGCUCGGUCGGCAGGUGUUUCGUUUGCCAAACACAUCCGGGACAUUCGUUGGAACAUCCCUUUUGACUCCCUGGUGAAUUUUGUCGCGGGGCUCAAACUUGGGUACAUUUCUCUCUUUACGAAAAUCAUUUGGGAGAUCUACACUGGACCACCCUUCGUAUAUGCUGAUGAUCUUGACGAGCGCAUCAUACAACGCUCCUUCUUCUCCUCUAGCAAAGGCAUGGACCGUCUCGCGGCCUUUAAGUUUAAGCGCAGCGUUGCGGAUUGCGAAACGUGGAUGAACACGAACGUCUGGAAAGCACUGGGAGAUUUCGGAAGCGUCUCGUCCCUUCGAUGA